AUGUCCGUUCAAAGCAGCUCAAUUCAAAAAAUAGAAUACUUGCCUUUAGACCAAAUAAUUAGACCGAUUCCUCCGGUACUCGACUACUCAAAGAUCGAUACAAUGGUUUCAACAUUGAAUGGACAGCCAAUGGCUUCUCCCACCUGCAAUAUUGAAGAUAUAACUCCAGGUGAACUGCCUCCCAUCGAUGUUCUUACCGUUUCUGAAAAUGGUGAAAAGAAAUAUUUUGCAUUCGGAGGAUGUCAUAGGUUUCAGGCUUACGAGAAGAGCGGUAAACAGUUGGUGAAAUGCAAGAUUCUCCCUUGCACGAAAAAACAACUUAGACUUUAUUUGGGUUCCUCCGUGGACAGCUACUUCGAAGAAUGA